CAGAGAGAUGAGCCAGAUAGCACUCACCAUACCAACCGUGACCCAGGAAUAUAUGAAACUUGAAGAGUAUAUGAAGAAAGUGAAGCAAGAGACCUUGGGUGAUCUGCAGAAGGAGAUGCUUCUAUCAAAUAAAAGACUGCUGUUCUUGGCUGAUUACUGUAACUUUAACCCAUCCACAAUUCGCUUGAACUCAGAACCAUUCCAGUGGUACCAGAAAACUGAGCUGAUUUUAGAAGAAAACGCUAUGAUCAUGACAGAGAAGUUGAAAGAGCUGCAAGAUGACUUAAAGAUCAACAAGAUGAGGUUUGUCAGUGAACUGGAGGAGUACAGCAAGCAGGUGGACGAGCUGGACCUGUGCUCUGAUGUCACCCAGAUAGACAACUACAACAAGAUGGCUUUAGCAUUGCAAGACAGGCUGAUUGAAGCUGCUGAUAAAAUUGCCAAGUUUAAUGAGGAAGAAGAAUCCUUUGGUCUCGAAGUUACCCAGUUCCCACAGCGUGUGGCUGCAUUGAACAAAAUGAGGCCAUAUGCCAGUUUGUUCAAAGAGUGUGCACAGUUCAAUGAAAAUCACAGAAAAUGGAUGCACGGCCCGAUGGUGGAUGUGCUCCCAGAAGAAGUGGAUGCAUCUGUUGGAGCAUCCUUCAGGUCCAUUUUCAAACUGGAAAAACAAUUCUCCAAGAAACCUCGGGCUGAGGGAAUCGCUGCUCAUUUCAGGGAAAGAGUGGAUUCCUUUAAGCAGCACCUACCACUAAUCAAUGUGCUGUUUAACCCUGGACUCCGAUCUCGCCAUUGGGAGCAGAUUUCUGAAAUAUCGGGGAAGAUGAUUUCCCCAACAGAGUCAACCAACUUGCAGUAUUUUCUGGAUCUGGAUAUCAAGAAACAUUUGAAUGUCUUUGAACUUGUCAAUGAGGCCGCCACAAAAGAGUUCUCUUUAGAAAAAGCACUGAAAGGCAUGAUGGAAGCCUGGUUACCGAUGAAAUUCAUCACAGUGCCAUACAGAGACACAGGCACACACAUUCUAUCUGGGGUAGAUGAAAUCCAACAACAGCUGGAUGACCACAUUGUUAAAGUCCAGACCAUGAAAGGCUCACCUUUUAUAAAGCCUUUUGAAGUCGAAAUAGAAGUAUUUGAGAAACAGUUAGUCAACCUACAAGAUAUUAUAGAUGCUUGGCUCAAGGUACAAGCAACUUGGCUUUAUCUUGAACCUAUUUUUAGCUCACCAGAUAUCAUGAUGCAGAUGCCCGAGGAAGGACGCAAGUUUAAAACUGUGGACAAGACGUGGAAGGAAGUGAUGAAAGUUUGUGUUGCUGACCCCAACGUCAUGCAGGUCAUAGAGAUUGAGGGCAUCUUAGCAAAGAUGCAGAAAAACAACAACCUUUUGGAACUCAUCCUCAAGGGCCUCAACGAGUAUUUAGAAAAGAAACGUCUGUACUUUCCUCGAUUUUUCUUUUUAUCAAACGAUGAGCUUUUGGAAAUACUUUCAGAAACCAAAGACCCUACCAGAGUUCAGCCUCAUCUGAAGAAGUGCUUUGAAGGAAUUGCCAGUUUGACUUUCACAGUGCCAGACAAAGACAUAACCCACAUCAAAUCUAGUGAGGGGGAGGUGGUACUGUUGAAAGAUGUCAUCUCUACGGCAAGGGCCAAAGGUCAAGUGGAAAAAUGGCUGCUGGAACUGGAGACAGACAUGGUGACGUCCAUCCGGGCUGUAAUCAGUGAAGCCCUUGAGGCGUACGUAAAAGAACCGAGAUCUUCGUGGGUUCGUGCCUGGCCAGGACAGGCAGUGCUGGGUGUAGGACAAACAUACUGGACUACGUAUGUGACGGAGUCUAUAUCAAAGGGUCCCAAAGCUUUGGCUAAUUAUUUAAAAGUAAACAAUGAACAGAUUGAUGAUAUUGUCGCCCUUGUCCGAGGCAAGCUGUCCAAACAGAACAGAGUCACCCUGCAGGCUCUCAUUGUCCUUGAUGUCCAUGCUCGGGACGUUCUGGCUCAAAUUGUUGAAGACGAGGUCUCCAAUCCACUAGACUUUAAAUGGCUCAGUCAACUCCGAUAUUACUGGGAGAAUGACAAUUUGGUUACACGUAUGAUAAACUCCCAACUGAAUUAUGGGUAUGAGUAUUUAGGAAACAGUGGGCGUUUGGUUGUGACACCCCUAACAGACAGGUGCUACAGAACUCUCUUUGGUGCAUUACACUUACACCUUGGUGGUGCACCUGAAGGACCAGCAGGUACAGGUAAAACUGAGACCACCAAGGAUUUGGCUAAAGCUGUGGCCAAACAGUGUGUGGUCUUCAACUGCUCAGACGGCCUGGACUACAUUGCCCUAGGAAAAUUUUUUAAAGGUCUUGCAUCCUGUGGUGCUUGGUCCUGCUUUGAUGAGUUCAACAGAAUUGACCUGGAAGUAUUGUCUGUUGUAGCCCAACAGAUUCUGACAAUUCAGAGAGGAAUCAACUCUGGAGCAGAAACUCUUGUGUUUGAAGGGACGGAGAUCAAACUAGAUCCUACCUGCUCUGUGUUCAUCACAAUGAAUCCUGGGUACGCCGGUCGAUCCGAGCUGCCUGACAAUUUAAAGGCUUUGUUCCGAACAGUCGCCAUGAUGGUGCCAGACUACGCCUUGAUCUCGGAGAUAUCCCUGUACUCGUGUGGGUUCGUCUGGGCCCGGCCCCUCUCUGUGAAAAUUGUGGCAACCUACCGCCUUUGUUCCGAGCAGCUCUCCUCACAGAGCCAUUAUGAUUACGGCAUGAGAGCUGUGAAAUCAGUGCUCACCGCAGCUGGAAACUUAAAGCUGAGGUACCCAGAACAAGAUGAAAACAUUCUAAUGCUGCGCUCCAUCAUUGAUGUGAACCUGCCCAAAUUCCUGAACCAGGACCUGCCCCUGUUUGCAGGCAUCACGUCUGACCUGUUCCCUGGCAUCAAGCUGCCAGAGCCAGACUACGUUAUCCUGAAUGAGAACUGCCGAGCUGCUUGCACCGAAUACAACUACCAGUGUACACCAUUUUUUCUCACCAAGAUUCAAGAGAUCUAUGAGAUGAUGAUUGUACGUCAUGGUUUCAUGAUUGUUGGUGAUCCAAUUGGUGGCAAAACAUCUGCUUACAAAACUUUAGCUAAUGCCCUGGGCAGGAUUGAAGAACAGGACUUGAUGGAGGAACACAGAGUGCAAAUAGCAGUCAUCAACCCUAAAGCAAUUACCAUGGGUCAGCUCUACGGCAGAUUUGACCCUGUGUCUCAUGAAUGGUCUGAUGGUAUUCUGGCAGUACACUACAGGAAUUUCGCUAUAUCAAACAACAAUGAUAGGAAGUGGCUUAUAUUUGAUGGACCAGUGGACGCAGUGUGGAUUGAAAACAUGAACACUGUGCUGGACGACAACAAGAAGCUCUGCCUCAUGAGUGGGGAGAUCAUCCAGCUCAUGCCCACAACCAAUCUCAUCUUCGAACCCAUGGAUUUGGAGGCGGCUUCCCCAGCAACUGUGUCUCGAUGUGGUAUGAUCUACAUGGAGCCAGCGACCUUAGGCUGGCGUCCACUAGUAAAGUCAUGGCUGUCAGCCAAGCCUCAGAUUUUUUUGGAUACAAUGAAAGCCCAUGUCAACAAACAGUUUGAAAGAUUUGUGGAUGCUGGGCUUGCGUUAAUUCGCAGAUGUGGAAUCAAGGAACUCUCCCCAACUACUGACCACAAUUUAGUGAUGUCACUGAUGCAUUUGAUGGAUGCCAACAUGGAAGAGUUCCACAGUGAUGUGAAGAUAACCCAACUGGAUGAGAGAGAGAUUGUCAUGUGGCUUGAGUGCAUCUUUUUAUUUUCCUUCACGUGGUCAAUUGGAGGAACUUGUGAUCAAAACGGCAGACUACGUUUUGAUUCCUUAGUCAAAGAUCUCAUCAAGGGCCCAUUAACUGAAAGCAUGAGAGCAGCACUGGGCUUUGUUCAUAAUGUGGCCCCCUUAGAAGCUCCUUACAUGCUGCCUUACCCCCCAGAAGGGACAAUCUAUGAUUAUCAGUUUAUGAAAGAGAAAUUUGAAAAACCCAAGUCCAAGAAGAAAGGUGGAGAGGAAGAAACAGAAGACCUGUUUACAGAGGAUCUGAUGGAGCUCUUGUCUAAAGAUAACGCAGGAGCAGAGAAAAAGAUCUGUGGGAGAUGGGCAUUGUGGUCUGAAGACCUGGUGGAUGCCAGUCCAAUCUCCCCUGAAGCAGCCUUCAAUGAGAUCAUUGUGCCCACAGUGGACACAGUGCGCUACACAGCACUGAUGGAGAUGUUGACAGUGCAUGAAGCACACUUCCUUGUUGUAGGUCCCACUGGGACAGGCAAGAGUGUCUACCUUACAGAUUUCCUCCUAAAUAGGCUGGACAAGAAUAUUUACAAGCCCAACAUCCUGAACUUCUCAGCCCAAACCAGCUCGACCCAGACACAGAACAUCAUCAUGUCCAAGCUGGACAAGAGAAGAAAGGGAGUCUAUGGGCCACCUCCUGGGAAAAGAGCUUUAAUCUUUGUGGAUGACUUAAACAUGCCACUACCUGAGCAGUGGGGGGCCCAGCCACCCAUAGAGCUGCUACGUCAGUGGCUGGACCACUGGAACUGGUACGACUUGACUGACACCAGCAACAUCAGACUAAUCGAUAUGAUAUUCAUCGGAGCCAUGGGGCCCCCAGGUGGUGGGCGCAACUUUGUUACUCCCCGCUUUCUGCGACACCUGAACUGCAUGAGCAUCAAUGAGUUUGAUGAUGCCGCCAUGGUUACCAUUUUUAACAAGAUUCUCUGCUGGCAUUUUGACACACAGGAAUUCCCAGAGACAAUGAAAUCAGUUAUACCCCAUGUCAUACAAGCAACCCUGAAAGUUUACCAGCAGGCAAUGUUCAAUCUCCUGCCUACACCUGCCAAAAGUCAUUACCUGUUCAACCUGCGUGACUUUAGCCGAGUCAUUCAGGGGAUUUUAUUGUCCACCCCUGCGUCCGCACCAGAUGCCCAGGCUAUCAAAAGGCUCUGGCUUCAUGAGAUAAACCGAGUGUUUGGUGAUCGUCUGAUUGACGACUCUGAUCGCACCUGGCUCUUUGAAUGCUGCCGGGAUGUCAUCAAAGACAUCAUGAAGGAAAACUUCAACGUGCUGCUGGCUCACCUGGACACAGAGGGCACAGGUGAGGUGACAGAGGACAACAUGAGGUCCCUGAUUUACUGCGACUUCACUGAUCCUACGGGGGAGAACAGGCUGUACGUGGAGGCCAGGGAUUUGGACGCUGUGCAGAAGAUUCUCAUGGGGUACUUGGCCGAGUUCAACCAGAUCAGCAAGAAGCCAAUGGACUUGGUCUUGUUUCGGUUCGCUAUAGAGCAUGUGUCCAGAAUAGCCAGGAUACUAAAACAGCCAUGCAGCCACGCCCUGCUGGUGGGGGUUGGAGGAUCAGGGCGGCAGUCCUUGACCAGACUAGCAGCUUAUAUUUCAGACUACGAGGUCUUCCAGGUGGAGAUCUCUAAGAGCUACACCAAUGUGGAGUGGAGAGAUGACCUGAAAAGAAUUUUAAGAAAAGCAACAGAAACCUCUGGGGGUUGUGUGUUUCUCUUCUCAGACACACAGAUAAAGCAAGAGUCAUUUUUAGAAGACGUUAAUGGCCUCUUGAAUGCUGGUGAGGUUCCAGGCUUGUUUGAGAUGGAAGAAAAAAUGGAAAUUUGUGAGAAAAUGAGAGCAAUCGAUAGGAUGAGAGACAAAAGUCAGCAGACGGAUGGGUCGAUGCUGUCACUGUUCAACCUGUUUAUCUCCCGCGUCAGGGACCAGCUACACGUGGUGCUCUCCAUGAGCCCUAUAGGGGACGCCUUCAGGAGCAGACUCAGGAAGUUUCCCUCCCUGGUCAACUGCUGCACUGUCAACUGGUUUCAAGCCUGGCCAGAUGAUGCACUAGAGGCUGUUGCAUCGCGUAACCUGGAGGCUAUAGAAAUGGAGGAUCAUGAGAAACAUGGGGUGAUUGUCAUGUGCAAACACUUCCAUCAGACCACACAGGAACUGUCAAUGAGGUUUUUACAUGAGCUUGACCGUCACAAUUAUGUGACACCUACCUCCUACCUGGAACUGAUCAGCACAUUCAAGAACCUGCUCACCAACAAAAGAGAUCAGGUGAUGACCCAGAAGAUGAGGUAUGUCGUCGGCCUGGAGAAGCUGGCGUCUGCCGCAGCCCAGGUGUCGGUGAUGCAGCAGGAACUGACGGAGCUGCAGCCCCAGCUCGUCGUCGCCUCCAAGGAAGUCUCAGACAUCAUGGUGGUCAUUGAGAAGGAUUCCGUGGAGGUUGCCAAGGUUGAGAAGAUAGUGAAAGCUGAUGAAGCUAUAGCCAAUGAACAAGCUUCUGCAGCGAAAGCUAUAAAAGAUGAUUGCGAUGCUCAACUUGCCCUCGCCUUGCCUGCCCUGGAGGCUGCACUUAGUGCACUAAAUACCUUAACACAAAAUGAUGUAACGGUGGUGAAAACCAUGAAGAGCCCCCCAUACCUGGUCAAACUGGUGCUAGAGGCAGUCUGUGUACUCAGAGGAAUUAAGCCAGAGAGGAUCAAUGCCCCGGAUGGAUCUGGCAAGAAAAUUGACGACUACUGGGGCCCAUCCAAAAAAAUGCUUGGUGACAUGAAAUUUUUAGAACAGUUGCGUGAAUUUGACAAGGAUAACAUCCCAAAAGAUAAUAUAACAAGGAUAAGAAAACAGUACAUCCCAAAUCCUGAUUUUGACCCGGAUAAAAUCAAAUCAGCCUCCACUGCCUGUGAGGGUCUAUGCAAAUGGGUCAGGGCCAUGGAUAAAUAUGAUGAUGUGGUGAAAAUUGUAGCCCCCAAGCAAGCAGCUCUGAAAGAAGCAGAGGGGGAGCUCAAAGCUGCCAUGACUUCCUUAGAAAAGAAGAGAGCUUCACUGCGAGAGGUUCAAGGCAAACUGCAGAAACUUGAAGACACACUAGAGAACAACAAACAAAAAAAAGCUGACCUUGAGAACCAAGUGGAUUUGUGCCAGAAAAAGCUAGAGAGAGCCUCACAGUUGAUUGGUGGCCUUGGAGGGGAGAAAUCCAGGUGGGAAAAUGCUGCCAAAAGUCUGAGUGAAACCUACAGCAAUUUAACAGGAGAUGUCCUAGUAUCAUCUGGAAUUGUUGCUUAUCUUGGGGCUUUCACUUCAGCAUUUAGAUUUGAAGAGUCGAUGGCCUGGCUGAGAGAUGUGCGCAAAAUGCGUAUCCGAUGCUCCGAGGAUUUCUCACUGAUUAACACUCUGGGAGACCAAGUGUUGAUAAGAUCCUGGAACAUUGCUGGCCUACCUACCGACAGUUUCUCUUUAGAAAAUGGUAUCAUUAUCAGCAACUCAAAUCGUUGGCCACUGAUGAUUGACCCUCAAGGUCAAGCCAACAAGUGGAUCAAGAACAUGGAAAAACAAAACAACCUCCACGUGGUCAAGUUCACUGACCGUGACUUUGUGCGCAACUUGGAGAACUGCAUUCAGUUUGGAACACCGGUUCUGCUGGAGAAUGUGCAGGAAGAGUUAGAUCCCAUGCUGGAGCCACUCCUGCUGAAGCAGGUGUUCAAGCAAGGUGGCGCCAUGUGCAUCAAGCUGGGAGACUCCACCAUUGAGUACUCCUUUGAUUUCAAGUUCUACAUCACAACCAGCUUGAGGAAUCCUCACUACUUACCAGAGGUGGCUGUCAAGGUGACCUUGUUGAACUUUAUGAUAACACCUGAGGGCCUACAGGACCAGCUGCUGGGUAUUGUAGUGGCCAAAGAGAGGCCAGAGCUGGAGGAAGAAAAAAGCAUGCUGAUCAUUCAAGGUGCUUCAAACAAAAAACAACUGAAGGAAAUUGAGGACAAGAUCCUUGAGGUACUGUCUACUUCUGAAGGCAACAUUCUAGAAGAUGAGACGGCCAUAAAAAUUCUUUCCUCAUCCAAGACAUUAUCCAAUGAGAUUUCUGAGAAACAGGCUUUUGCUGAGGAGACAGAGUUAAAAAUUGACGAGGCACGUAUGGGCUACACCCCCAUUGCCAUACACUGUACGGUGCUUUUCUUCUCCAUCGCUGACCUGGCCAACAUUGACCCCAUGUACCAGUACUCUCUCACCUGGUUCAUCAACCUGUUCAACAUCAGCAUCGAGAACGCUGACAGGUCCGAUGUACUGGAGGAGAGGCUGCAGAACCUGCACAAUCACUUCACAUACCUGCUCUAUUGUAACGUGUGUAGGAGCCUGUUUGAAAAGGACAAGCUUUUGUUUUCUUUUCUGCUGUGUGUGAACAUUUUGAAACACAACAAAGAAAUUAUUGAAUCAGAGUGGCGGUUCUUCCUAACUGGGGGCGUGGGCCUGGAUAACCCAGUGAAAAAACCAGCAGAGUGGCUUCCCCAGCGCUCCUGGGAUGAGCUGUGCCGUGUUGAUGAGAUGGAACCCUUUAAAGGCAUAGCUGAUGCUUUUGCCAAGGAGGCCAAUGACUGGAGAACCAUCUAUGAUAGUUUGGAACCCCAUAAGGAGCAAAUGCCCAGUGCCUGGCAAAAAUUAAAUUCAUUCCAAAAAAUGCUGAUAUUGAGAAUUUUCAGAUUUGACAAGGUUAUACCUGCAGUGCAGGACUUCGUCACAGAGAAACUGGGAAAGGUUUUUGUCGAGCCCCCACCGUUUGAUCUGCCGAAGUCGUUUGCUGACAGCAACUGCACGACGCCGCUGUUGUUUGUGCUGUCUCCAGGCUCAGACCCCAUGGCGGCUCUACUCAAGUUUGCUGACGACAAUAACAUGGGUGGUGAAAAGUUUGACUCCCUGUCCCUGGGUCAAGGUCAAGGUCCUAUAGCUAUAAAAAUGAUUGACAAGGCUUGUAAAGACGGGCUGUGGGUUGUCCUGCAGAACUGUCAUCUGGCUGCCUCAUGGAUGCCCACACUAGAGAAAAUCACUGCAGAAUUUUCAGAAGACCAGACCCACCCAGAGUUCCGCCUGUGGCUGACCUCGUACCCAUCCAGUGUUUUCCCAGUGACCAUCUUACAAAAUGGUGUCAAGAUGACCAACGAAGCACCAAAGGGAUUACGUUUCAACAUUAUAAAAUCUUACAAAUCCGACCCAAUCUCAGAUCCUGAAUUCUUUAAUGGAUGCCAACAAAAUGAAAUUUUCAAGAAGAUGCUCUAUGCCCUGUGUUUCUUCCACGCCCUGGUCCAAGAGAGGAAGAAGUUUGGUCCCCUGGGCUGGAACAUACCAUACGAGUACAACGACACAGAUCUGCGCAUCAGUGUCCUGCAGCUGCACAUGUUUUUAAACCAGUACGAGGAAGUUCAAUUUGAAGCCUUACGUUACCUGACUGGAGAAUGUAACUAUGGAGGUCGUGUGACGGACGGCUGGGACAGGCGCACACUGAACACAAUUCUAUUUAAAUUCUACUGCCCUGAGCUCCUGGAGGCUGAGGAGUACUACUUUGACCCCCACAAGAGGUACUCACUCCCACCAGAUGGCGAUUAUGAGAGUUACCUGACAUUCACCCAGACCCUCCCUCUGAUUGCCUCACCUGAAGUGUUUGGCAUGCAUCCCAAUGCUGAGAUAACCAAAGACCAAGCUGAGACACAGCUGUUGUUUGACAACAUCCUGCUGACAGUGGGAAAAGCAGCAAGUAAAGGAGGCAGCUCCGCGGAUGAGAUUGUGGACAGCGUGGCCAUGGAUAUCAUCGAGAGACUCCCAGCCAACUUUGACACAGACAUCGCCCUGAGGAAGUACCCCACGUCCUACACCCAGAGCAUGAACACCGUCCUCGUACAGGAGAUGGUGCGCUUCAACAAACUGCUCUCACGUGUACGCAGCACUUUACUCAAUAUAAGGAAAGCAAUAAAGGGUCUAGUGGUGAUGUCAUCAGACCUGGAGGAAGUUGUCAGCAGUAUUCUGACUGGCAGAAUCCCCAACAUGUUUAAGAAGGUCUCCUACCCUUCUCUAAAACCACUGGGCAGUUACAUCAAUGACUUCCUAGCCCGCUUGCAGUUCCUGCAAGACUGGUAUGACAAGGGCCCUCCACCCACAUUUUGGUUGUCAGGAUUUUUUUUUACUCAAGCUUUCCUUACAGGUGCCCAACAGAACUAUGCACGAAAGUAUACCAUACCGAUUGACUUGUUGACUUAUGAUUUUGAAGUACUGGAGGACAAGGAUUACACUAAAGCACCAGAAGAUGGAGUUUAUGUCUAUGGUUUGUUUUUGGAAGGAGCAAGGUGGGAUAGAAAGAAGAAAGUACUCAAUGAAUCAUUACCAAAAAUACUUUCUGACCCUGUCCCUACUAUGUGGUUAAAACCACUGAAGAAGGAAGACCUAAAGCCAGAGAAUGUGUAUGAAUGUCCAGUGUACAAGACCACGGAGCGCAGAGGGACACUCUCCACAACUGGCCACUCAACAAAUUACGUCAUGGCCAUGCUGUUGCCCUCAGACAAGCCCCAGGCACACUGGGUGUGCAGGGGUUUAGCUCUGAUGUGCCAGCUUGACACUUAAAAUUUUCUUUUUUAGUUUUCAGAUUUUAUGUUUUAUACAGUUGAAUAUAAUGAGAAAGCAAUAAGAAUCUCUAAAAAUUGUGCUGUGAAAUGUUUUAUUUUUACAUCGCCUGUAUCUUUACAUCUUUUAUCAUACAAGUUGGAUAACUCCUCAAACCAUCAAUGAAUGUAAUUAUUAGUGAAUGUUGAUUUAUUAGACUAGACAUACAUUUAUACAUUGAUCUAGCAUAUAUAUGUCAUGAUUUUUAGAGAUUGAUAAUACAUUAUUUUAUAACAAAUG